CGGUUUGACGUCACUUGGCAGCUUGGCCCGGCUAGUUGUCAUCCGCGUAGCAAGGAAGGGCAUAACAUGGAGCUAAAUUUUCCGAUGUACAGUUAUACACGCGUCGUAGCUUGUUAAAAAUCUUACAAGGAGUUUGGUAUUUCUAUGUACCACACGUUAGCGGUCCAUUCUUUUUGACAUCUCGAACAAACAGUGGCUAGCUAACCGGCUAGCUAGUUUGUAGCUUAACCGUAACCGUUAAAAGGUAAUUUAGCGACAGAAAGCCUAAUUUACGCAUGGCGUUAAUCCUGUUUACGAGGUCCCGGGCACCUUUAAUGAAAACGUCCAGGUCGUUAAAGAACGAAUUCAGGAAAGGGAAAGUACAAGAUGGUACCUGUUUCAACUGCACAGCACUCAGACUCUCCAGUCAAAAACUUGAUGGGCUCCGACUCGGUGGUUUGGCCCAGCUUUCUUCACUCUCUCCUACCCUGCCUGUGUCAGAAGGUUGUGUGGGCCAGAGCCCAGACUCUCAGCGUCUCUACUGUGCGUUUGUGUUGGGGGCCUCCCCUUCACCGUACCCUGCAAUCACAACGGGGGCCCAGUGGAUGAUGGCACGACCACAGGACAUCCCUGGUGUUAGGUGGAUACACACCUCGAGGAGGAGAUGGGACGACUCCAAGGUGGAAAAGUCACUGCGUUCGUUAAAGGACAAAAAGAAGAAGCUGGAGGAAGGAGGGCCGGUGUAUAGCCCGACGCUGGAUGCAAAACCUGUGAGAAGGACGGUCCGACAGUGGGUUGUAGAUGAAGUCAAGCACUACUACCACGGCUUCAGGCUGCUGUGGAUUGAUACCACCAUUGCUGGUCGAAUGCUGUGGCAGGUGCUGAACGGACACCCCCUGUCCCGCCGUGAGAGGAGACAGUUCCUGAGGACAUGUGCAGACGUCUUCAGACUUCUUCCCUUCCUGGUGUUCAUCAUUGUCCCGUUCAUGGAGUUCCUGCUUCCCGUAGCUCUGAAACUCUUCCCCAACAUGCUGCCGUCCACUUUUGAGACACAGUCGAAGAAGGAGGAGAGGUUGAAAACUGAGCUGAGGGUCAAACUGGAGAUGGCCAAGUUCUUGCAGGACACCAUCGAGGAAAUCGCUCUGCGGAACAAGGUUUCCCAGGGCAAUGUGACGGAGGAGUUCUCCACUUUCUUCCAGAAGAUACGGAACUCUGGGGAACGUCCCAGUAACGAGCAGAUCUUGAAAUUCUCCAAACUGUUCGAGGAUGAGCUGACUCUGGACAACCUGACCCGACCUCAGCUGGUGGCUCUCUGCCGUCUCCUGGAGCUCCAGUCGAUGGGGACCAAUAACUUCCUCCGCUUUCAGCUUAUCAUGAAGCUGAGAGCCAUCCGUGCAGAUGACAAGCUGAUAGCAGAGGAAGGGGUGGCGAGUCUGAACGUGAACGAGGUGCAGGCAGCCUGUCGCGUCAGAGGAAUGAGAUCUCUCGGAGUAACAGAAGAACGACUGAGAGAGCAACUCAGCCAGUGGCUGGAGCUGCAUCUGAAUCAGCAGAUCCCCACUUCCCUGCUGCUGCUGUCUCGAGCCAUGUACCUCCCCGACACCCUUUCCCCCGCCGACCAGCUGAAGACAACACUGCAGACGCUGCCUGAGAUGGUGACAAAGGAGGCCCAGCUGAUUGUGGCAGAGAUGGAGCUUUCCAAAGUGGACAAUAAGACCAAGGUGGAGACCAUGCUACAGGAGGAGGAGGCCAUACGCCAGGACAACAAGGACAGGGAGAUGGAGAGGUUGGCAGACGCUGCAGAGAAAGCUGCCAGGCCAUGUCCUUCCGAGUUGGAGCUUGAAGCAGAGAAGGAUAAACGCAGCUAUGCAGAUGCAGAGAUGGCUAAAGCUGCCAUGGCUGCACAUUCAGAGACACUAAGGGAUACUGCACCUGUCAUAGAAGGGAUCAAGUUUGAACAGUUGCAGAAAUUCCUGCGCUUACAGGGUGAGGAGAUCACCAAAGAAGAGAUUGACCUGUUAAGUGAUGCGUGCACAAAGCUGAAGGAGCAGAAGAAGCUGCUAACUCUGGAGAAAGAAGAGCUUGAAGAGCUGAAGGAUGAUGUCCAGGAAUACAAUGAGGAUCUCGAAGAGAUAAAGAAGGAGCUUUCUAAGACCGGCCAAGAAAAGGCGGUAGAGGAGUCAAAGGCGAGCCAGCGUCUGUCUAAGAGAGUAAACCGCAUGAUCGGUCGCAUCGACAAGAUCAUCCUAGAGCUGGAAAAGGACAAGGCCAUCCUGGACGGACAGAUGGACAGUGGGACCACCCCACCUGUUGGAUUAUUCUUUAAACAAUGCGAUGCCAAAAGUCUGUUCUACACCUUCAGGGAGAACCUCAUCAGCAUCGACGAGCUGAUCGGCGUCAUGCGGCAGAUCCAGAACAUUCCAGAGCACAAGCUGCAGAGCAUCGCGGAGGCCCUCGACGACAACAAGGACGGGAAGAUCGACAUAGACGACGUCAUCAAAGUGGUGGAACUGAUCGACAAGGAGGACGUCGACAUCUCCACCUCUCAGGUGGCCGACAUCAUGGUGAUGCUGCAGAAGGAGGAGAAGCUGAUAGAGAAGGAGAAGGCCAAAGAGAAGGCUGAAAAGGAAAAGGCAGCUACACUCAACAGCUAACUUAUUUUCCGUAAAGACUCGCAGUACUUGUAAAAUAUGACCACCACAGAAGUUUGUGACUAGCACCCGGUCACAAAAAACUCUGGACGCCAGAUCGUUCUGGACAAGUCGAGAGAGUCAUGAGGUAACAGCUGGCUUCUCAAAAUAUAAUUUCAACAUUAAAUGAGUUCUUAGAAAAUUUAAAAAAAAAGGCAUAUUGCCUUUUAAAACGCACAACAUAAAAAAUAAACUUAAUUUGCCAUUAUGCUAAACUCUUCUGGACUACUCAUGUAUUAUAUGUUAAUAUUUGGUUUUGUGUAAUUUAACUCAAUGUAUUGAUACAGGGAACACAGUGACUUGAAACCAUGGUUGUUCUCCCAGCUUAAAGAGUUGGCAAAGGAGCAAUCUAUCAAAAAUUAUGUUUGGAAAAUAUAUUAGAAGAUGUAUUGUUUAAAAGUUUGAGGUGAACUGUCUUGCCUUUCAUUUAAUUUGUCAUCAUCUCAAAGAAAUGAGAAAUCAUUUCUGGACUUUGCACAGUAAAAAUCAUUGUCAUCACCAUCACUACACUCUUUUCCUCUUAGAUUUUGUUUAUCCAUCAUACCGCCUAUUGUAAAGUAACUUGUACUUGGAGAGAGUAGCUUUUUGCCAGCUGGAGGAUGUUGAAAUGGUGGCUGCAACCAAAUAUGUAAUUAUAAUUAAAUUAAUAAUUACACACAACAUAGACAUUUAUUAAAAUAAGUUCAUCAUUCACACUAAAAGAAAUAAUUAGAGAAUUCAGGCAGUAGAAGUUGUGCAUGUUUGUCUAAAGAGCCAAGGACUGAAGUUAGCAACAUUUACAUCAAUGUUAAGAUUACUGUACUGUAAUUCAUUUUGAUUUUUUUGUCUCGUUUUAGCGCUGCUCUUCAUAUCUAUUCCUGUUGUGUUUAGUAGAUGUCUGUAAAAUGCUAAAGUUGCACUGUGGCACAUUUAAUUACACAUUCUGAUUAUUCCAAAUAUCAACAAAAUGAAUCCGUAAAGACUGACUAAGGAACACUGAAACAGCACACCAAUCAAAUACUGGUCAGUUGUUGCUGUGACAAGUGGUAGUUUGACUGAAUGUUAAGUAGUUUACUUUCUGCACUUGAGUAGCAUGGUCAUGGUGGUAAUGUUGACCCCCGUAGUUUAAAUACAAAGUGGCCUUCUCUUGACACAGAUACUAUGGAACAUAUACUAUUGUGUAUUUAUUUUUAAGUGUUUUAAGAAGAUGGUAGUGCUCUGAUACUCUUCUCACCGAGGACUGACUUGAUGUAAUUUAGUUUUGGGCUGAAGAAGUCUUGAUGAAUUCAGUUGUAGAUGAGUUGUCACAUACCGAGUCCUUAGUUUUGUUAUAUUUGCACUGUAGCGAUGAAUGGGUGUAGGUUGUAAAUAAGGACGAAGUGAAGAUUUCAGAUGAUACUCGAGUGAACUACUGACUCUGAACUGUGUUCACACUAAAGCAGCUUGACCGUUGUGUGUACUCAAACAUAUUCCAACUAGGGCUGCAACUAAUGAUUCUUUUGAUUAUGUCUGCUUGGUUUUAUUUAAUCAUUUAAUAUAUACAAUGUGGAAAAAAAUCCCAGAAAAUACUCAUUACAAGAGCCUCAGUGGGUUUGUACUGCGUGUGUGGUUUAUAAGGCAUUUACUGUCUAUUAAUGAACAGGCUUAGUGGGAAAAACUGGCAAGCUUUGAAUGGUUGUGAUCAGUUUCACAUUCAUUUAGCUUCUGCAAGGCAUAGCUGUUGUUUUUGAAUCAAAAUAAAAUUGUUAGGUAACCAAGAAAAACACAAUAAUAUGACUCUCAGCUGUUUCUGGAUUGUCCACACAUCGGCACAGUUUGCCAGGUUGCUCAGCUCUAAAGCAAAUAAACGGACUUCUGCUCAGUUCAUGUUGUUUGCAGUGUGAACUCAGAGUAAAGGGUUGUUCCACCUUUACUGCUGAAUUGCAUGUCUGGUAGUUUGUGGUCAGUCAUCCCUCAGUUAUUCCUCCACAGUAACUGGAGAAGAGCUCAGGUGUAAAUGUAGAAGACAAAGCGGUACUUGAGAUAACACUGAGCAUACAACGCUUCGUUUAAUCCGUUCCUGGAAUCUGCUGUCAUACCUGUGGAUGAUUAAGAGGUUGUUCAUCUUACAUCAGGCACUGUACCAAUUGAGACCCAGCGCUGCCUGACAGGGCGAGGGUUCUGCUUCGCCUGGGUCCAGUCAGACUGAUGGGUGCAGGGUAAACACUCGCCCCAUACAUGGGCCAAAGCCAGCUUGACUGGAGGGUUGUGUUUAGGUUAGAGACGAUCCGGCGAGACAUGGCAUGCUCUCUGCCGCAUAAAUCAGCAGUUAAUGUAAACACGUCACAGGAACGUUGUGACAACCUCUCGAUAACACUUGGCAGAAGAGAGUGGUGUUUGUGUCCCCCUGCCUGACAGGUCGGGCUCAGGGCAGUGCUGCCACUGUUCCAUUGUGGGUCCAGAAAGGGUUGAAAUGAACAGAAUUUGAAUUUAAAGAUGCUGUAUUGAUGUAACGGGCUCCAGGAAAAAGAUACAGGUCGCAAUGCAACAUCAUCUGGUUUGGCCAAUAAAAUAUGGACAGUUACUCAGUUCUGGUAGAUUUCUUUACCUUUUCCUUAUAACCUGCCGGUUUGUAAUAUUUUUCCAGAGUUAAAAUUUCUAAACCACUGUGCAGUGUUUGGGUGAUUUAUUCUUAUUAAUAUAAUAUUUUUGUUACUCUUAGUCAAUUGGCAGAAAAUGAAAUGGCAACUGUAUGAUAAUUGAUUAAUUGAAAUUAUUUCUCAAGCAAGAACGCAAAGAAAAUGUACUACUUUUAUCUUAAAAGAUGAAUAUCAACGGAAGAUUAACUGAUAAAAUCUUUGUUGAUGCCCUUCAGUUCGGCCUUUCUGGAUCGUAUUUCAUCUCACAGGUACUUGAAACAGCACAGCCCUUGCAUUUUAGUUAUCUGGAAACUAUGAUUGUUUGAUUGCUUUGUCCAACCAACAGUCAAAAACCCAAAGAAAUGUACUUUACAAUGAUGUGAAACAAAAGCAAAACCUCAUAUUCCAGAAGUUGAAACUAGUGAAUGUCUGGCAGUUUUGCUUGUUGAAAGACUCAGUUAUCAAAACUGUCUUUGAUUUUCUGUGGAUGAACUAACUGACUAAUUGUUACAGCUCUCAUGCUUAUUACAAUUUAGUGCCCAAGGUGACAUCUUCAAAGUGCUUGUUUCGUCCGAAAACAAAAAAAGACACAAUCUGGAAUCAGAGAAUUACUUAAACAAUUUAGCAAUUAUCAGAAAUGCUGUAUUCUUACACAUGUUGUGCUACUGCAACCCUAAAGGAUCAUUUCAUGUACUAGACCAUUAAUUGUGAGGAUUAUAUUUCAGCUAUGCUACCAUGAAUUAAUUAUGAUGAAAACCUGUUACACCUUUAAAGGCAUUCAAGUUAUCCAUUUUGAAAUGGAGAAUAUGAAAGAAACCUGAUAUGAAUAUCAGCAGAAUGCAACAUUCUAGUAAUACAGACUUAAAACAAUGUUUAUAUUUCCAAAAAACAGACAUCUAUUAUUUACUCAACCCAAAACAUAGGUUUCUGCAGCCGUGCAUAGUAGUUUAGUGCGUCCUCGUCUCUGGCUGGAGUGUGGGGCUCACCGCUAGCAGCAGUGUUGCACUGUGAUGUUAAAGCUGUUCUCUUUUAAAAACAUUAGCUAAACAAAAAAAGUAUCUAAGGAAUGAGGAAACAAGGGAGACAGUUGGCAGAAGAUGCUUUUUGACAGCAAGUUUUAAUCAGUCGUUUUUCAUUCUAAACCAUGUCCAGGAGCAGUGCCCUUUUUCUUUUAGUGACUUUAAUUUGAUAUUUUAGGCUAGUUAGAAGAAGAAAUAGAUUUUUGAUACACUAGCUGUGUGUUAAUGUUUGGACUCAGGGUGCGACUGUUCAGUCUGAUGUGGUUUGAGCAGCUUUAGUACCAGCAGGGAGAUGGAGUUAGCGUGUUGUUAUCUACGAUACAAACCGUCCUGAAAGAUUCCUGUUGAGUUUUAGGAGACCAGUUGUGGAUUUUCUGUACUAGAAGAACAAAGAUUUAAAGCAAUAAUUGAUUUAUGCAUCAUGUAUCUUUUUGAAUUUUAUUUUUCUCCACUUUUGAGUUGGAACAAAAGUUUAUUUGUAAUAAAUGUAAUUUAGAAAAGAAAUGAAAGAGUCCUUUUGCUGUCAGCAAGAAAAAGGAUGCUAUAAAACGAAAAGGCAAAGAAAGUGUUUUGUGCAUUCUGCUUCUCUUCUAGAGAUCAGGCUGUUUUUCUGCUUAUUUGGGAGUUGCUUGUAGUUGAUUAUUGAAUGGACUUUCUGAGGACCGACCUUUUACCCUUUUAAGUAUUUUGCACUAGCCCUUUAUGUAGAAUAUAUAUAAAAAUGUAUCAACAUAUUAUAUUUUCUCUUGAGGUGGAUGUAGGGAGAGCUGUUGAGUUGUAGAGAAAAAGGCAGCUGGAGACUGAAAGCAGGCUCAGCAGUGUUUCUAAAGUCAAGGAAACAAGACGUUUGCUUCUACAUGACCUUAAAGCUCAGACCUCGCUCACGUUCAUACACAGGUCUGGAAACUGAAAAUGAAAUAGGUGUAGAAAAAUACAUUUAAUUGCAUUUUAAAUAACAAUGUAGCCACCAUGUUUUUACAAAAGGUUGUUGUUCUAAAGGUGGCAGAAAUGGAGCAAAUUUUUCACCUCAUGUCAUUCGUGCAAAUUUGACCGCUGGACCUGUUGUGUUUAUUCGCCUCAAACAGCAAAUGUACUGCACCAACUGUAAGCUAGCUAGCUUCGCUCAAGUGGAAAUGGACAUUUGAUGCGAAUUGCUUCGGCCAGUGCGAAUCAAAUGCCUUCUGUCUGAACACACAGUAAAGAUUCAUUUUCAGCUUGGAAAUGUUUAAAAGCCUCGUGUUGGGCCGUCACUUUCAGUUUACACGGUAUUAAACCCCAAACUAAGAUUUAAAAUAUACUCUAGGAAGAAAAACAAAUAGGUUUUAAAAGAAAAUCUAACAGCAGAGACAGAAAUUAUUAAAAAAAAAUAAAUCGAGGUGACAUAUUGCAGUAUAUUUUGUCACCGGGCUGCAACUUUAAAUAUUAGUCUUUUACUCAAUAUAAAAUAUAAACUACUGGAGGUUUCAAUUUGAGAAUAUGGUCAAGUUAUUUAUAUUAUUAUUACUAUUAGUAUUUAGUAUUAGUAAUUUCCAAAGUUUUUUAUUCAUCAAAAUGCAGAAAUGUUCUUCAAAAAGUGACCGGGUACUGGGUUUUAUUUUAGUUUAACCGAAAUCUCAAUUGUACGAAAAGCAUCAGUUUUCUUUUUUUAACACACAAAUCAAGUGUUCAUGUAACAAAACAACAUUUACAAGAUGAAUCAUAAGUGUUGAAUAAAUGAUGGAUGAUCCUUUUUUGUUUGACUUUGUUUCUUUCCUGUUUUUCGAUCCCUCCUCAUCACUUCCACACUGCCAUUUUAGGUGUGUUUCAUCCUUGCAGCCAUUUUUUCCCCACAUUUCUCGUCCCAAACCCUCAUUCCUGAUUCCUAACCAGCCUCCCCACACUCGCUGCCACUCCCCACAGAGCCACCCGCCUCGGCCACUGGAAUGCAACCAGACAUAUUUUUCCAGUGACAGUUUUAACAUCAGUGUGUAUGUGGUUAUUUUGACAGAAAAAGCAGGAUACACAAAUGCGUAAAAGACAUAAAAGAUCUGUUUUUUUUUUUUUUAACCGUUAUGUGCACUGAUCUUGAGGAGCUUAAAUCUCUUCCCAGUUUCCAAGUGUAGUUUUAUCUAUCAUGCUAUCAAGCUGAAAACAAAUGUGAUUUCAUGGCUAUCUAAAAAUCCGUGAAAAGAUUCUGUGAAUGCUGAAAUGUUUACAGAUUAUUUUGCUUGUUAAUAUUGAAGAAAUUAUUUUUCAGGGUUAGAGAAUUUUUUAUUCAACCCCGAGUGUUUGUGUAUAAUAAUAUCAAGAUCUUAAAUAUAAUCUUUAAGGCUGCACUAAGAUUUAUGUAAACAUUACAGCACAACUAUCUUAUUGGCCAAGCAGAAAGCCGACUCCUCUGACCUCUAAUAUCUGUUUAUCAUUACGCCUUUAAAAGCGAGUUUGUGUUUAUGGUGCAAAAGAAAUUCCCACAUGAAUGAUCCACAGAUGUGGUGUCCAGGAUAUGGCUGAUGUUUUUUUUUUUAAGUCAGAAUCUGUGAACUGUAGAUUUGCAUAUCCAUAUGGACUUCUGAUAUGGUCAUUUCACUCACAAAGUGAAAUUAAGAGUAAAAUCCAAACUAUUUCUUGAGUACUUUGUCCAGAAAGAGCUGGAUUCACAAAACUAGAUGUUAAAAUGUUAAAAUUUAAUCUCACAGCCAUUUUACCGUCACCAAUGUUGAUACAUUUCUUAGAACAGCCUUAAAAAAAAAACUAAAAAUAACCUUGAAAAUGAGUCGUUUUAAUCAAAUACAAUUUAGCUUAGUCACAUAGAAUUUUGUGGAAAAAUUUUAAACAGCCAACAGGGACCUAAAUAUGUAGACCUGAACUUGGUGAAAGCUGCAGACACCCUGCCCCUUACACCGAAUGAGACAGUUAAAUGUUUUCACACUUUGCUCCUGCUCCCUGUUUCCAUCCUUCAUCACGUCUCUGCAGAGAAUUAAAGUUUUUUGCACCUCAAUCCGUCAUGGGUUUGUCUGGGCUUCUCUGUCAGGACGGUGAAGUGUCUCGGUAACGAGCCGACAGUGACGGCGUUUCAGACCUGCAGCCAUCUAAACGAUGAGACACGUUGAUCUUAAAGUGUGAGCUGUCUGCUUCAGGGAGUUUAUGAGGGAGGGUAUUCUGAUGAGAAGGUGUUGAUUACAGAGGAAGAAAAGAAAGGCCUUAGAGGAUCUGAGUGCCUUCAAAAACACCAAGAGACAAUGUUGACAGUUCUGUGUGUGCAGUUUGUGAUCGGGUUCACGCAGACUAAAAGUGCUGAAUCCCUUUUAGUGUUGAGACUGAAAAUGUCAUACAUCAGUGUGUGAUGCCAGAUGUCAGCUGCCUUCAGUUUUUGUGUUUGUUUCUGUGUGAGAUAAAAUGUGGUUGGUUCAUUUGUUUUUAAUUUCAAAAGGUUGGAAAUUAAUAUUUGCACUGAAUAUCAAAUUUUACCCUGAAACUGAAUUGUUCUGCCACUCUAGCGAUUAGUUUUUGAAUUUGGAUUUAUAGAUUAUUAGUAUAUUUAUAGGAAUUUGGGCACAAAGGUUUAGAAGUACUUGACUGCACAGACAAACUAGGCUAAUGGCAUUAUUUGGCUGAAAGUGGAUUUCAGAAAUGCACAAUGUUUGCACAGUAUGUGGUCUGUAAAUACAAAGUAUAGAAGUAUUAUUGUAUAUAAGAUGAUGGAGGAUGUUUUUGUAGUUAUUUAGAAAUGUAUUCCUUGUUUUCACAUGUAGGUUAUAUAUCCAAUUUGGAAAAAGUGCAUAAAGGAUGUUAUGAGAAUUUUAGGAAGACUGAGGUCAUGAGUCUGAGGGGCUUUUUGUCCCAGAAUCUCCCUGACAAUUUUUUCAAUAUUAAACCAAGAACACAAUCCUUCCCUAACCUUAACCAUGUUCUGCGAGUGCCUAAACAUACCCAUAAAAAUGUUUUAGUCUCUACGAGUGGACAUUGUAGGGAAAACAAUACUUUAUGUUGUCAGUGAACUUUUGCAGAGAUGUUCAGUGUGAAACUUUAAGUUGCUGAAAUUGCUACAAAGUAAAUCCAGAAAACUUGACCUCAGUGUACAUGCGCACUAGUAAUUCGGUUUUGAGUGUUAUCGUGGUUUGGAUCAUAUUCAGGUUACGAUGUUUACAUGGAACAUAAACCUGUUUCUUGUCAGCAGGGAUAAGAACAGUCGAGUGUUAUCUAGGUUUCUGAUCAUCUGCGUUGGUGGUGGUUUGUUGUUGACUCCUCCACAUCCUGCUCGAUAGUUACCUCAUGCCAGUUAAAUCUGGCCGCACUCUCCAAUCUGCUGGAUCGGGCUUCUAUAUCUGAUCGCAGUAAUGGAAAAUAAGUGACAGUGUAGUUUAUCUUCUGCUUUGCCAGUGCCCGGAAUUAACCUCAGUGUGCAGAGCCUCAUUAUCAUUAUAUUUUUUUUAAUUUUACUGACCAACUAGAGUUGAGUACGCACCUGCACACAUCACACAAUGAUCAGAAACCUGGGCCUGUUAUUAAACUGGAAUUCAAGUCAAAUUUAGAUAAGAAAGUAAAAAGCCUUUAGUUUUAGACUAAAAAGGUUUUUGUCACGUUUUUAUUGACCUAAAAAUGCUCUUUAAUGUAGGAGAUCUCCAGAUGUGAGACAGUUUUUAGCAUUCCUCUACAGUAUAUUAUUGGUCAUGUUAAACAAUACUCAAACUGAAGUAAAAAGCAUUUUUCAGAGUAAUCAGUUACACACUGCAGCUGCUGUUUUCUUGUAAGCUGAUAAUGUUGAAACACAAAUUUGAUGUUAUGCCACAAGAACCUUUUCAUUUCCUACUUUUUCCUUCCCUGUUUUUUUUUUUUUUUUUUUAUAUAUAUCAUGAAUACAUACAUUCUUGUUAAUUUCUACUGGAGAUAUUAAACGUUUUUACUUAAAACAAAGUACCUUUCCUAAAAAUCCAAAUAAUAAUAGGCUUUUUGACUCUUAAAUUAACUCCUUAGAGCAUUUAUUUUAAGUAUAAUUCUUUCCUGGAUAAGAUGUGCAACACAUAACCCAGAUACUCCAAAAACCCAGUUAUAACUUGGGAUACUAAUGUGCACGUAAACACAGUCGCAGAUGGGUACAGCCUUCAUGAGAGUGACAAAAUUUAACUCACUCGGACUAAACUAUUUAAAUGAUUCUCAAUCCAGAUUAUGUGCUUUUUUCAAUAACAAGAGGAUGAAGAAGGUGAAAUAUGGGUCUUAGGUCCCUAAAGUGGACACUUGAAACAGCAGAAGGAUCAUUAUAAUGGUCCUAACCGCUGUAUACACUGUCUGAAGGCCUUCUUUUAAAGUGCAAUCUCUGUAAAUGUAAAUAUGUUAAGGAGCUCACUGGAUGUUUCCUUGCGCAGCAAUAAGUACCAACGCUGACUGCAUGCUGAAGAAGAGUUUACCAUUUAUUGGGUUGCAUGUCAGUUUACAGAUCCAAAUGUUCAUCAGUGUAACCUUGACUAUAAUACCUGAAUCUGUAUUUUCCUGCUCUGUUGGAUCCCUGCUGCUGCUGAGAAACACUAUCCACUGAUUAUAUUUCAGUGCGGAGACUCUCUCCUCACAUCUGCUGUGUUGAUCUUGUAAAGUUAUUUCUCAAAUACGUAAACUGACUGCACCGGCCUGCUUCACUCAAGAGACUGAGGAUAAAAAAAACCCUUGGGGCACGCACUGCUUCUUCAUGUACUGUUAAAUCUCAAGAAGAAGAAGUGAAGAGUGACUUGUUUGAACACACGCUGAUGUUCAUUCAGCUGAAAUGUUAUCUCAUCACAGGUGCUUCAUGCGCAUGUACUGUGACAUUGUUCUUCUUCUCUGGCUUUCCUCUGGAAGUCCAGUGUUUCCUUUAUUGUUUUCUGUAACAUCAGUGCCUGGGGAUCAUUGUAUUCUGGCUCCACAUCCGUCCCUGUUUUUGUUCCCAGUUAUGGUUACUCUGCCUAAAACAAGUUGUUCUUGGAGUCUUUUGUUGUUGUAAACACAUUAAUUGUUAACAUCUUGUUUUGGGUCCUAAAAGGAAAUUGUGGUCUCAGUGAACUUUUAUGUAAAUUUCUCAUUUCCUCCAAAGCAA